AUUCUAGGCCCGCUGCAAGCAUGCCAAUAGGUUUAGCAGCUGCUAACAAGCAGGCACCUGUCUUAAUGCAUAUGGAGUACCGCGUUUCGCUUCCUGAUCACGAUUGGAUGAUAGCCGCCAGACACAAGUUGAUACCUAGCGUUUAUGCUGCAUGUGUAAUACAAAAUGGUGAAAUAGGACGUCCGGAAGCAGUAACCUACUCUGGACCAUCUUAUAUUGCCAUCAGAAGUGGAAAGCACUCGUCAUCGACCGCAUCCACACAUGCAUUUGAUUUUGAAAAACUUAUCACAUUAACUCAAUUCCGAAAUGUCAUAAAAGAUAAUUGUGGACGUGUUAAGCCGGUUAUUUUUGUGUCUUCUGACGGAGGCCCGGAUGAAAAUCCUAGAUACCCCAAGGUGGUUGCACAUGCAAUUCAUCACUUCCAAAAACAUGACCUCGACGCUAUUUUUAUAUUCACAAACGCACCUGGUAGAAGCGCCUUUAAUAGG